AUGGCGUCAAAGGCGGAUUAUAAACCGCUUGUGCUGAUCGAUGGGCCUAAUGUGGCUAACAGACAUGGUGGACAGCAGUUCACAUGUAAAGGGUUGCAGAUAUGCGUCGACUAUUACGUUUCUAGAGGCCAUGAGAAGAUGAGAGUUCAAACGAUGCACGGCAUCAAGGCGGCGCCAACCCACAUACCAGUAGAUAACAUCGGUGUUCUACUUAAGCUACAGACUCAGGGACGACUGGCACUGACCCCGUCUAAGGAUUAUGAUGAUUCCUAUUGUCUACAGUAUGCUCAUAAGAAGGAUGCUGUUAUAGUCUCCAACGAUAUGUAUCGCGAUUGGGUGAAGAAGCAACCUUCGUGGAAGAAGGCGAGUCGAUUCAGUGGCUGCGGAUGA